UGGCCGCUGGGGGGAUGCCAGUCUGAUUACAGCUUCUGGCUGAUUUCAGCUGAUUACGAAGGAAGGUGGCGGCAAGUGGCUGAGGUGUCUCGACAGCCCCUAGGUCCUCGAGGAGCAGUCAGAUUGAACUGUGGUUGUCACAGUGGGGCUGGCCGCCUCCCCACCAGCCACCUCCCAUGCCCCCGGGUGGUGGGGGAGGGGAAAGCAAAGGCGCUUCAUUUGAGUGACAGGGCUCUGGAGCUCAGGACGGCCAACGGCCGGACUCAAAUGCACUGAAGACCUCCGUCCUGCUUUUGCUUGCUGCCUGCCCGGGGUCUGCGAGUCUGGAGCCUCACGAUCCGAACACCCCAUAGUGAGACUCUGCUCUGACAUUUCGCUUUAUGACCCCGGGGGGUGCCGGGAGACCAGAGGGGACCUGGGGACCUUUAUUUCUGUGCUUUGACUUGGGCAGCCCUGGAGAGGGAGACUCGCUACACGGCACUGAGACCCGGGUUGGAGGCCUGGGCAGGGAGGUCUGCCCAGUCCCCUCAGGUUCCUGCCUGAGGGCAGAUGACCUCUGAGCCUGUCUACAAAUGAGUGGGGGUGCUUUCCUGCCUUCCCAGAGGGCGGCCACAGUGGGAACUAGACGGUGGAAUACGGGGCACCCACUGCUGGUGAUGCCGUUAUCAACCCACUGAGCCUCAUUGAACUUGGCUUCCUCAUAUGAGAAAUGGGUUUUGUGCUGACUGAAGGCAAGACCUGACAUUCAGCUCCUCUCUGCAUCCCCACUGCCCAUCACCGUGCCUGACACACACCCUUCCGAGGAGGAGGAGGCGGCCCGGCUCCAGGACAGGAUGGCGGCCAAGCAGCCCCCGCCUCUCAUGAAGAAGCACAGCCAGACGGACCUCGUGAGCCGCCUGAAGACCCGAAAGAUCCUCGGCGUGGGCGGGGAGGAUGACGAUGGGGAGGUGCACCGCUCCAAGAUCAGCCAGGUCUUGGGCAAUGAAAUCAAGUUCACUGUUCGGGAGCCUCUGGGACUGAGGGUCUGGCAGUUCGUUUCAGCUGUGCUCUUCUCCGGCAUCGCCAUCAUGGCCCUUGCCUUCCCUGACCAGCUCUAUGAUGCAGUCUUUGAUGGAGCCCAGGUGACCAGCAAGACCCCCAUCCGCCUCUACGGGGGUGCCCUCCUCAGCAUCUCCCUGAUCAUGUGGAAUGCCCUCUACACGGCUGAGAAGGUCAUCAUCCGGUGGACUCUGCUCACCGAAGCCUGUUACUUCGGGGUCCAGUUCCUGGUGGUCACUGCCACGCUGGCUGAGACGGGCCUCGUGUCCCUGGGGAUUCUGCUGCUCCUGGCCAGCCGCCUCCUUUUCGUUGCCAUCAGCGUUUACUACUAUUACCAAGUUGGCCGAAAACCCAAGAAAGUCUAGCUGACCGCUGGGCCGGGCUCCAGGGCAGGGCAGCCCUGGGCCUCGGUUUCCCUUCGGUUCGUGGAAGGCAGGACGGACCCUGCCCUGCCCAGGCAGACAGGAGUGGCCGCCGUCCCUUCUUCCUAGGCCCUCCCCGAGUGCCGUGAUCUGGGUCUUCAGGUUUGGGGAAGCACAGGGCCUCUGCAGCCCUGCUCCUUGCCCCACAUGGUGAUGCCUCCUUUUCUGGGGCCUCUUGGCCUGUGGGUCCCCUGGAUAGAGACCGACAGAAGGAGCCUGCAUCAGGGCUGAGGCGAGGCCCGGAGGCCCUUCUGUCUUCUGACAGAGGCUACUGGCUGCCUUCUUGUCCUUCCCUCGCACCUGCAGCCAAUCUAGUGCCCAAGCAGCUGAACUUGGCUUCUAUGCCUGGAAAACCCGAGAACUUGACCUUGUGUCCCUAUCCUUGUUGUGGGCCCUUCGCACAUGUGGGGGCCCCUCUCCACCUCCAGACUCCCACCCCUGCCCUCCCCGCAGCCCAGCCGCAGGCCGAUGGGUGGAGGUGGCUGUCUCUGAGCUGGCCCUUGCCCUUCAGCCCUCCUGUGAGGUGGGCCACGUGCAGCAGAGCCCUGUCCUGGUCACCAGGAGC